CUUCUGCAGAUAUUCGGCUGCUGCAGUCCUCUAUCAUCAUAUGUGUCAGUCUGGGGAUCAGGACGGCUGUCGCCGCUGACUGAAGAUAUUGUUUGUCCGAGAGCUGAGUAUCUACAAUGGGGCAGAUAGAGUGGGCUAUGUGGGCCAAUGAGCAAGCUCUGGCGUCCGGGCUGAUUCUCCUGGCCGGCGGCAUCGUGGGGGUGGCGGGACAGUUCCGCGGGUGGGAGUUUGCGGCUUAUGGAGUGGCUGCCGGCGUGUUCGUGUGCCUGCUGGAGUACCCCCGGGGCAAGAGGAUGAGCAAGGGCACCAACAUGGAGCGGACGGGACAGAGGUGCCUGACGAUCUGUGUGAAGGCGUUUGGGCCGGUCACUAGAAACUACUACGUCAGAGCUGUGCUGCACGCAAUUCUGUCCGUGCCAGGAGGCUUCAUUCUGCCCACUGUCCUGGGCUGUGUCUGUCUUGGCAUUGCUAGCCUGAUCUACCUGGCGGCCGCCAUCCGGGGGGAGCAGUGGGAGCCCAUCCUGCCUCAGACGGUGACCAAGGAGCGGAUCGGGCAGAGCAUCAAGCAGCCCCCCCAAAACCCCCCUCCCCGCCCCCCCGUGGACGUCCGCAGAAAACGGACAGACGACGCCGAGGGAGCCGCUUAUGUCAACCCCAUUCCUGUCACCGCCAGCGAGUCCUAACAGCCCGGCCCGCGGGCCCACAGCCGCUGUGUACAGCGCGCGGCACCACUCGCGGGCUGGGCUGGGUGCGAGGUGGGCAGGGAGCACUGGGCCCCCUGCGCGUGUGUCUGGGGAUGGUGUUCCCGUUCUGGAGCUUUCACUUAUUUAUUUUUGUGGAGCAGAGUAGAAUUAGCAAUUGUUUGACUGUUUAUACCUGCCAUUCAUUGCGUGGAAUACUUACUAGCUUUCCAGUUACUGUCUGACCAGUUCAGAAGAGCGAGACCCAGUGCUGUUUGUUAGUGAGAUGAACUGCGAGUGUUUAUUUCCCCUGGUCAGCUUUUACUCUGGUCUGAAACCAGUGCCACCUGCCAUCCACAGUGAUGUAUGGUUAUAGGACUAUGUUCCAAAUAUUUCGCUCCAGACCAAUUCUUUGGAUACUUUUACUCACUCUUUCAAAGACAGACCCCAUUUUUUAAAUUCAGAACUAUUUUUAAGUGAAAAAAUGAAUUGUGUUUUCCACAAAGUUUUGUCUCUGGAUUGAUUAGCAUAUUCAUUUUUUUAAAUGAAAAAAACCUGCAGCUGCUUGACCACACCUGCUUCAAAGCCAAACGUCUCUCUGCCGGGUGCAUUGGGAGUGAUCUUCCAGUCAACACUCGGGUGUGGAAGACCAGGAAAAAUCAGCACACGUUUGGUGCAGUGUCUUGGCCUGUGUUUUCAAAGCAAAAUGUAUAUUCAAACUGCCACAUCAAGUGUCAGGUAGAAUGAAAAUCAGAAGACUCAUCACCUCUCAAAUUCUGGAGUUCAGCACUCCUGGUCUUUCAUGCAUUUACAAAAUCUUAAUUUCCUGUACAAUGGUUACACUGUUUGUCCCAGCCAAAGAAGUGAAAGAUGUUGGGCCAAUGGGAAAUACUACACCCUUCGCUUCAUGUGAUGUUGCUUCUGAUCCCUUCUGUGGACUGUCCAAGCUGGGAAACUAGUAUAUCAAGCCUGAGAUUAGGCCUGUGAGGGCAAAAAUAAGAAUCACUGAGAUUUACCCAAAAAGCCAAAUGAAAUAAAGAAGAUCUUAAGAAUGUUGUUUUCAUGUUUUGUCUUAAAAUUACCUGCAGUUGAAUGUGAAUGAAGGUCUUUUUUCUGAUGUUCAUUUUCAGAAUUUAUCUUGCUUGCAUUAAUAAUUUUCUAGUUGUUCAGUAAAUGAGUACUGUAUAAGUAAAUACCUGCAUUCUGACAUUGCAAUUUGAAAGAUGUUUCUGUAUAAAGAUUUUCAUGUGAGGAAACUUUUAUAAUACUUUUUUUGUAAAUGCUCUGUAUGUGUUUUUACCAGUAUAUCUUAAAACAACAACUGAUUAUGUGUAAUCCAAGACAAAACAAAUAAAUAAAAGCAGUAUACUGUAUUGA